GUGCUUCCGCCGUAUUGGCUCUUGCUGCACAAAACCGUUUUGCUCGCAUCGCUUCAACUAGCAAGCAUCUACAUUUCUGCAUCGAAAAACACAGCAACCAAAGACGACGCUGUGCCGCGGACGUGAAAACCCGCUAAUCCAACCGUAGUGUUCUCACCAAACAAUAGUGAAAUAUCGUGCCUGUAGUUUGCGUGUGUUUCCGGUUUUUUUUCGUUUGUUUGUGUGUUGUGUCCUUCGUACGUGCAAAGGCUCUCCGUUGUAUCGGCAAACUUUUUGCUGUAAACCAACUCCCCAUCCCACAGAAACCGUUUUCCUGCAUGACUUGUCAUCAGGCGUUGGUGUUACUGGAUUGUUGUUACGGAAGGGAUUGACCAUAAAUCCGGGAAGCCGCCACCCCUUAGUGUAAUCGUGUUCAGUUCCGUCCGCUGCUGAUUGUGUUCACUCCGUUUUGUUUGGUUUUUUGCCUUCGAUUUUGUGCACCGACACUGCCCCGCAAACAACAGCAUGUCCGAGUCCGGCAAGCCUUUUUCCAACCUGGAAUCAUCCAGCUAUGUCGGAUUUGCCAAUCUACCGAACCAGGUGCACCGAAAGUCGGUGAAGAAAGGGUUCGAGUUUACGCUAAUGGUCGUCGGUGAGUCGGGCCUCGGUAAAUCCACCCUGGUCAACAGUCUGUUCCUGAGCGAUCUUUACCCGGAACGCGUGAUACCGAAUGCUGUUGAAAAACAAAACAUGACGGUCAAGCUGGAUGCGUCCACGGUGGAGAUUGAGGAGCGUGGCGUGAAGCUGCGACUAACCGUUGUCGAUACGCCCGGAUUCGGUGAUGCUAUCGAUAAUAGCGACAGCUUCAGUGCGAUCCUCGAGUACAUCGAUGAGCAGUACGAGCGAUUUUUGCGCGACGAGAGUGGUCUGAACCGACGUAACAUUGUGGAUAACAGAAUACACUGCUGUUUCUACUUCAUCUCACCAUUUGGCCAUGGCCUCAAACCGCUCGAUAUUGAGUUUAUGAAGAAGCUGCACUGCAAGGUGAACAUUGUGCCGGUGAUCGCGAAGGCUGAUGUGCUGACGAAGAAGGAAAUCCAGCGCCUCAAGUGCCGUAUAAUGCAGGAGAUUGAAGACAAUGGGAUCAAAAUCUAUCCACUGCCCGAUUGUGAUAGUGAUGAGGAUGAGGACUACAAGGAGCAGGUCCGCCAGUUGAAGGAAGCGGUACCGUUUGCCGUGUGCGGCUCGACCACGCUGCUCGAGGUGAAGGGACGCAAGGUGCGCGGUCGUUUGUAUCCGUGGGGUGUUGUCGAGGUGGAAAACCCGGACCAUUGCGAUUUCAUCAAACUUCGGACCAUGUUAAUUACUCAUAUGCAAGAUCUGCAGGAAGUUACUCAGGAAGUCCAUUACGAAAACUACCGUUCGGAACGGUUGGCGAAAUCCGUGCGCAAGAAUACGAACUCCGUCAUUAAGGAAGAUACCGCCGUGCCCGGUGAAUCGCUAACGGAGAAGGAUAGGAUUUUGCGCGAAAAGGAAGAGGAAAUCCGCCGAAUGCAGGAAAAGCUCGCACAAAUGCAAGCCAAAUUUCAGGCACAGAAAUAAUGUGCACUGAGGAAUUAGUUGCGCGAAAUGGAGCGCUUGUGGCGUUGAUGAUGAUGGUCGCAUAGUUCAUAUAAUGCACAGAGACAGAA